CCCCAGACGGAGACCACCUUAGGGCCAGCAGCUCCCCGCCCUCCUAGGGAGAGAUAAAUGCUGACUCCUCGCAAAGUUUCCAAUUGCAAAGUUUGCUCCUCAGCCGCAGAGGGAGAAGGAAGCUUGGGGAUCCCUCCUGCGCUGGGUUUUGCUUUUAUUUUUUUAAUUUUUUUAUUUUUUUUUGCUCCCCGCCUCCCGGCCCCUGUUCUCUGGCCCCACUGGGCCUCUGACUACAAAGCUUUUUCAUCUAACCCCCAGCACAGAAACCAAGGGCUCGGCCCCACAGACAGAGAGCAAGUCAACCGAGAAGAUGUGGAAGGUGCCAGUUCUGCUCCUGGUUUUGGGAAGCUCGUGGCUCUGGGAUCCAGCAGAAGGAGCCAGCACAGUCCGGCCAGAAGAUGACAUAACAGUCCGGCCAGAAGAUGACAUGACACCAGCUGUAGAAAACAGCAUGGUGACCCAAGGUGUCGAAGAUAACGUGAUGACCACAGGCACCAGCGAGGACCCUUAUGAGUCUGGCUUAACAGCUCUGGUGCCAACAAAUCCAACAAAUACAGAGAGCGUAACAGACGUACGCAUAGAGGAUGGGCCAACUCAAGAAAGCACAGUUCAUGCCAAAGAAGAAAGCCAGAGCACCACAACUGUAUUGAAUGUAGUGACUAGUCAUUCCAUAGAGAAAGUAGGCGCAGAGACAACAGUUCACACAGAGACAACAGUUGAAAAAGAUGGUCUGGCGACAGUGACCCUGGUUGGAAUUAUAGUUGGAGUCUUACUAGCCAUUGGAUUUGUUGGUGGGGUCAUCAUUGUGGUUGCUCGAAAAAUGUCAGGAAGGUACUCGCCCUAAAGAGCUGAAGAGUUGUUCCCUUCUACCAACACGUUUGAAAGAGAAUUUUGGCCUUCCCCGUCCCCGGGCGCGUGGGAGAAGAUGACCCAUGGAAAUCACUUGGCGGUCCCAUUCCAAAUCCAUGGUGAUCCCUCCGCUUACCAAAAGUAACCCAAGGAAAGACAUUUCACGAGACUCGCUCCUCUAGGCAUUUGUCUUCUGAAAAUAUUUUUAAAUACAAAUUUUGUAAAAGAUGAUUAAAAAGACAAAAUGCAUAGAAAAUGGAGAAAAGCCAUGUAAACUGAUUUUUAACUAAGACAAUAUAAUUUAAUCGAUGUUAGAAAUUAUAAUCCUGUCUCCGUUCUGACCAUUCUCUGGUAUUGUUAAAAUGCAAUCAAGUCUGGAAAUAUUUAUACCGAUGGAGUCCCUGAGAUCGGUGGGUGCCAUGCUCGUCAAUGGCAUAAAGCAUUGUGCAAUUUCCGCUCUGUUGAAAUGGACACAUUCCAGUCUAGUCUGGUCUGUUUUAAAAGCCUUAAUUUCAUGCGAAUAAUCAAGUAGAAAAUCUAAACUUGUUUAACGUCGUGAGUAACUGCCUUUCACUGGUCCAGACAAAUCAUUUCCAAGGCACCCAUGUUAGGUUAUAAACAGGAAGUCUAUAGUCUGGAGAAGGGAUUUUUGUUUCUCACAGUAAGUUCAUCGGGCAGGCUCUAGGCUGGCUUAUUGCCUUCUCCAGCGAUGACUUGGUGACUCAGAUUUGCUCCUACCUGCCAUCUUCUCUUCCCUCAGAGAACCAGGAGCCAGAGCUCCCGGAGCAGACUUUUCUCUUCCCAUGACCUAAGCCCUCCAGAUUGGCUGCUUUGUUCUGGAAUAUGGAAGUCCAGACUGUGGAGACUGAUGGAGGCUCAGUGGUGCCUGAGGCUCAGAUGUUCCAGAAGCCAAGAACCAUGGUCCCCAAACAGAAGGAAACCCUGUGCAUGCCUCUGGUCUCAUUACCUUCUGCCUCAGAGGAAACAUGCGGGACACAAAAAUAAUACCAUAAGAUAGUGAUUUUAAGAAAGCAUGUGGGUUUAAAGACUGGACGUAAACAUAAAAGAAAUUCCCAGUCUUUGUGACACAUAGCACACAUUUCCGUGGGGUCAUCACUGAAAGGGUCCUCAGGGUAAAGGAGCCCACGUUGCCACCUGGGGCAGGCACCAUUUGCUCAGUGCAUUUCUUCCCGUAGGUCAGCUGCCUUCUUUCCCCCCAAACACAAAGUUUUUAAUACUGAGCAGACGAGCUCAGUCAUGAUGGUGGCUGUGCAGGCUUCUAUCCUCUCAACUUGUAUGAAAAAGUAAACUGUCCUUUGGAAAAGCACCUCCCAUUCCUCUCUUUCUUGUAAUAACGCAGUGAUGUUCUCUUAAACAGCAUGCCCUUCUGUUACCCAAGUCUGGCUGGUCACCAACCCAAGGUCCGUAUUUAAACAUCUGCUGAUGGAGAGAAGGGGCUUUAGAAGGGCUUUGUGUGCUUCCGUAUCUGUCUGUUUCAACGCUCAGACUCCUGAACGGGAGUCGGGGACAAAGUCCGUUUUGUCUUGCGUGUCCUUUCUUUUUUUCCUCUUGCUGUGAACAACAACCGUCCACCCCAAGUCAUACACUGGACCCGCUGCCUGCUGGGACAGGACCGUGGGUUUCUUGGUCACAUCUGCGUUGGUGCUCCACACAGUGUAGACCUGUUUUAAAAUAAAACAGAUGAUUGCGUAUAA